AUAGCUGUCAGGUUGGUGAAUGGAUACAACCUCUGUUCUGGAAGAGUGGAGGUUCUUCACAAUGGAGUCUGGGGAACAGUGUGUGAUGAUCUGUGGGAUUCAACAGACGCGGCAGUGGUGUGUAGAGAACUGGGCUGUGGGAAUGUCACAGAGGCAAAGGGCUCUGCUUAUUUUGGACAAGGUUCUGGACAAAUAUGGUUGGAUGAUGUUCAGUGCCGUGGGAAUGAAUCUACACUGAAAAACUGUUCAUCAAGUGGAUGGGGAACCCAUGACUGUGGGCACCAAGAAGAUGCUGGAGUCAUCUGCCAAGCUGUCAGGUUGGUGAAUGGAUACAACCUCUGUUCUGGAAGAGUGGAGGUUCUUCACAAUGGAGUCUGGGGAACAGUGUGUGAUGAUCUGUGGGAUUCAACUGACGCGGCAGUGGUGUGUAGAGAACUGGGCUGUGGGAAUGUCACAGAGGCAAAGGACUCUGCUUAUUUUGGACAAGGUUCUGGACAAAUAUGGUUGGAUGAUGUUCAGUGCCGUGGGAAUGAAUCUACACUGAAAAACUGUUCAUCAAGUGGAUGGGGAACCCAUGACUGUGGGCACCAAGAAGAUGCUGGAGUCAUCUGCCAAGGUGAGUCACAAGCUGUCAGGUUGGUGAAUGGAUACAACCUCUGUUCUGGAAGAGUGGAGGUUCUUCACAAUGGAGUCUGGGGAACAGUGUGUGAUGAUCUGUGGGAUUCAACUGACGCGGCAGUGGUGUGUAGAGAACUGGGCUGUGGGAAUGUCACAGAGGCAAAGGACUCUGCUUAUUUUGGACAAGGUUCUGGACAAAUAUGGUUGGAUGAUGUUCAGUGCCGUGGGAAUGAAUCUACACUGAAAAACUGUUCAUCAAGUGGAUGGGGAACCCAUGACUGUGGGCACCAAGAAGAUGCUGGAGUCAUCUGCCAAGGUGAGUCACAAGCUGUCAGGUUGGUGAAUGGAUACAACCUCUGUUCUGGAAGAGUGGAGGUUCUUCACAAUGGAGUCUGGGGAACAGUGUGUGAUGAUCUGUGGGAUUCAACUGACGCGGCAGUGGUGUGUAGAGAACUGGGCUGUGGGAAUGUCACAGAGGCAAAGGACUCUGCUUAUUUUGGACAAGGUUCUGGACAAAUAUGGUUGGAUGAUGUUCAGUGCCGUGGGAAUGAAUCUACACUGAAAAACUGUUCAUCAAGUGGAUGGGGAACCCAUGACUGUGGGCACCAAGAAGAUGCUGGAGUCAUCUGCCAAGCUGUCAGGUUGGUGAAUGGAUACAACCUCUGUUCUGGAAGAGUGGAGGUUCUUCACAAUGGAGUCUGGGGAACAGUGUGUGAUGAUCUGUGGGAUUCAACUGACGCGGCAGUGGUGUGUAGAGAACUGGGCUGUGGGAAUGUCACAGAGGCAAAGGACUCUGCUUAUUUUGGACAAGGUUCUGGACAAAUAUGGUUGGAUGAUGUUCAGUGCCGUGGGAAUGAAUCUACACUGAAAAACUGUUCAUCAAGUGGAUGGGGAACCCAUGACUGUGGGCACCAAGAAGAUGCUGGAGUCAUCUGCCAAGCUGUCAGGUUGGUGAAUGGAUACAACCUCUGUUCUGGAAGAGUGGAGGUUCUUCACAAUGGAGUCUGGGGAACAGUGUGUGAUGAUCUGUGGGAUUCAACUGACGCGGCAGUGGUGUGUAGAGAACUGGGCUGUGGGAAUGUCACAGAGGCAAAGGACUCUGCUUAUUUUGGACAAGGUUCUGGACAAAUAUGGUUGGAUGAUGUUCAGUGCCGUGGGAAUGAAUCUACACUGAAAAACUGUUCAUCAAGUGGAUGGGGAACCCAUGACUGUGGGCACCAAGAAGAUGCUGGAGUCAUCUGCCAAGUAACAGCGUCAUUGAACACGACUACCUCACAGCCAGGAGUCAGAGCUGUCAGGUUGGUGAAUGGAUACAACCUCUGUUCUGGAAGAGUGGAGGUUCUUCACAAUGGAGUCUGGGGAACAGUGUGUGAUGAUCUGUGGGAUUCAACUGACGCGGCAGUGGUGUGUAGAGAACUGGGCUGUGGGAAUGUCACAGAGGCAAAGGACUCUGCUUAUUUUGGACAAGGUUCUGGACAAAUAUGGUUGGAUGAUGUUCAGUGCCGUGGGAAUGAAUCUACACUGAAAAACUGUUCAUCAAGUGGAUGGGGAACCCAUGACUGUGGGCACCAAGAAGAUGCUGGAGUCAUCUGCCAAGUAACAGCGUCAUUGAACACGACUACCUCACAGCCAGGAGUCAGAGGAUUAAUAGCUGUCAGGUUGGUGAAUGGAUACAACCUCUGUUCUGGAAGAGUGGAGGUUCUUCACAAUGGAGUCUGGGGAACAGUGUGUGAUGAUCUGUGGGAUUCAACAGACGCGGCAGUGGUGUGUAGAGAACUGGGCUGUGGGAAUGUCACAGAGGCAAAGGGCUCUGCUUAUUUUGGACAAGGUUCUGGACAAAUAUGGUUGGAUGAUGUUCAGUGCCGUGGGAAUGAAUCUACACUGAAAAACUGUUCAUCAAGUGGAUGGGGAACCCAUGACUGUGGGCACCAAGAAGAUGCUGGAGUCAUCUGCCAAGGUGAGUCACAAGCUGUCAGGUUGGUGAAUGGAUACAACCUCUGUUCUGGAAGAGUGGAGGUUCUUCACAAUGGAGUCUGGGGAACAGUGUGUGAUGAUCUGUGGGAUUCAACUGACGCGGCAGUGGUGUGUAGAGAACUGGGCUGUGGGAAUGUAACAGAGGCAAAGGGCUCUGCUUAUUUUGGACAAGGUUCUGGACAAAUAUGGUUGGAUGAUGUUCAGUGCCGUGGGAAUGAAUCUACACUGAAAAACUGUUCAUCAAGUGGAUGGGGAACCCAUGACUGUGGGCACCAAGAAGAUGCUGGAGUCAUCUGCCAAGUAACAGCGUCAUUGAACACGACUACCUCACAGCCAGGAGUCAGAGCUGUCAGGUUGGUGAAUGGAUACAACCUCUGUUCUGGAAGAGUGGAGGUUCUUCACAAUGGAGUCUGGGGAACAGUGUGUGAUGAUCUGUGGGAUUCAACAAACGCGGCAGUGGUGUGUAGAGAACUGGGCUGUGGGAAUGUCACAGAGGCAAAGGACUCUGCUUAUUUUGGACAAGGUUCUGGACAAAUAUGGUUGGAUGAUGUUCAGUGCCGUGGGAAUGAAUCUACACUGAAAAACUGUUCAUCAAGUGGAUGGGGAACCCAUGACUGUGGGCACCAAGAAGAUGCUGGAGUCAUCUGCCAAGUAACAGCGUCAUUGAACACGACUACCUCACAGCCAGGAGUCAGAGGAUUAAUAGCUGUCAGGUUGGUGAAUGGAUACAACCUCUGUUCUGGAAGAGUGGAGGUUCUUCACAAUGGAGUCUGGGGAACAGUGUGUGAUGAUCUGUGGGAUUCAACAGACGCGGCAGUGGUGUGUAGAGAACUGGGCUGUGGGAAUGUCACAGAGGCAAAGGGCUCUGCUUAUUUUGGACAAGGUUCUGGACAAAUAUGGUUGGAUGAUGUUCAGUGCCGUGGGAAUGAAUCUACACUGAAAAACUGUUCAUCAAGUGGAUGGGGAACCCAUGACUGUGGGCACCAAGAAGAUGCUGGAGUCAUCUGCCAAGCUGUCAGGUUGGUGAAUGGAUACAACCUCUGUUCUGGAAGAGUGGAGGUUCUUCACAAUGGAGUCUGGGGAACAGUGUGUGAUGAUCUGUGGGAUUCAACUGACGCGGCAGUGGUGUGUAGAGAACUGGGCUGUGGGAAUGUCACAGAGGCAAAGGACUCUGCUUAUUUUGGACAAGGUUCUGGACAAAUAUGGUUGGAUGAUGUUCAGUGCCGUGGGAAUGAAUCUACACUGAAAAACUGUUCAUCAAGUGGAUGGGGAACCCAUGACUGUGGGCACCAAGAAGAUGCUGGAGUCAUCUGCCAAGUAACAGCGUCAUUGAACACGACUACCUCACAGCCAGGAGUCAGAGGAUUAAUAGCUGUCAGGUUGGUGAAUGGAUACAACCUCUGUUCUGGAAGAGUGGAGGUUCUUCACAAUGGAGUCUGGGGAACAGUGUGUGAUGAUCUGUGGGAUUCAACAGACGCGGCAGUGGUGUGUAGAGAACUGGGCUGUGGGAAUGUCACAGAGGCAAAGGGCUCUGCUUAUUUUGGACAAGGUUCUGGACAAAUAUGGUUGGAUGAUGUUCAGUGCCGUGGGAAUGAAUCUACACUGAAAAACUGUUCAUCAAGUGGAUGGGGAACCCAUGACUGUGGGCACCAAGAAGAUGCUGGAGUCAUCUGCCAAGUAACAGCGUCAUUGAACACGACUACCUCACAGCCAGGAGUCAGAGGAUUAAUAGCUGUCAGGUUGGUGAAUGGAUACAACCUCUGUUCUGGAAGAGUGGAGGUUCUUCACAAUGGAGUCUGGGGAACAGUGUGUGAUGAUCUGUGGGAUUCAACAGACGCGGCAGUGGUGUGUAGAGAACUGGGCUGUGGGAAUGUCACAGAGGCAAAGGGCUCUGCUUAUUUUGGACAAGGUUCUGGACAAAUAUGGUUGGAUGAUGUUCAGUGCCGUGGGAAUGAAUCUACACUGAAAAACUGUUCAUCAAGUGGAUGGGGAACCCAUGACUGUGGGCACCAAGAAGAUGCUGGAGUCAUCUGCCAAGUAACAGCGUCAUUGAACACGACUACCUCACAGCCAGGAGUCAGAGGAUUAAUAGCUGUCAGGUUGGUGAAUGGAUACAACCUCUGUUCUGGAAGAGUGGAGGUUCUUCACAAUGGAGUCUGGGGAACAGUGUGUGAUGAUCUGUGGGAUUCAACAGACGCGGCAGUGGUGUGUAGAGAACUGGGCUGUGGGAAUGUCACAGAGGCAAAGGGCUCUGCUUAUUUUGGACAAGGUUCUGGACAAAUAUGGUUGGAUGAUGUUCAGUGCCGUGGGAAUGAAUCUACACUGAAAAACUGUUCAUCAAGUGGAUGGGGAACCCAUGACUGUGGGCACCAAGAAGAUGCUGGAGUCAUCUGCCAAGCUGUCAGGUUGGUGAAUGGAUACAACCUCUGUUCUGGAAGAGUGGAGGUUCUUCACAAUGGAGUCUGGGGAACAGUGUGUGAUGAUCUGUGGGAUUCAACUGACGCGGCAGUGGUGUGUAGAGAACUGGGCUGUGGGAAUGUCACAGAGGCAAAGGACUCUGCUUAUUUUGGACAAGGUUCUGGACAAAUAUGGUUGGAUGAUGUUCAGUGCCGUGGGAAUGAAUCUACACUGAAAAACUGUUCAUCAAGUGGAUGGGGAACCCAUGACUGUGGGCACCAAGAAGAUGCUGGAGUCAUCUGCCAAGUAACAGCGUCAUUGAACACGACUACCUCACAGCCAGGAGUCAGAGGAUUAAUAGCUGUCAGGUUGGUGAAUGGAUACAACCUCUGUUCUGGAAGAGUGGAGGUUCUUCACAAUGGAGUCUGGGGAACAGUGUGUGAUGAUCUGUGGGAUUCAACAGACGCGGCAGUGGUGUGUAGAGAACUGGGCUGUGGGAAUGUCACAGAGGCAAAGGGCUCUGCUUAUUUUGGACAAGGUUCUGGACAAAUAUGGUUGGAUGAUGUUCAGUGCCGUGGGAAUGAAUCUACACUGAAAAACUGUUCAUCAAGUGGAUGGGGAACCCAUGACUGUGGGCACCAAGAAGAUGCUGGAGUCAUCUGCCAAGUAACAGCGUCAUUGAACACGACUACCUCACAGCCAGGAGUCAGAGCUGUCAGGUUGGUGAAUGGAUACAACCUCUGUUCUGGAAGAGUGGAGGUUCUUCACAAUGGAGUCUGGGGAACAGUGUGUGAUGAUCUGUGGGAUUCAACAGACGCGGCAGUGGUGUGUAGAGAACUGGGCUGUGGGAAUGUCACAGAGGCAAAGGGCUCUGCUUAUUUUGGACAAGGUUCUGGACAAAUAUGGUUGGAUGAUGUUCAGUGCCGUGGGAAUGAAUCUACACUGAAAAACUGUUCAUCAAGUGGAUGGGGAACCCAUGACUGUGGGCACCAAGAAGAUGCUGGAGUCAUCUGCCAAGCUGUCAGGUUGGUGAAUGGAUACAACCUCUGUUCUGGAAGAGUGGAGGUUCUUCACAAUGGAGUCUGGGGAACAGUGUGUGAUGAUCUGUGGGAUUCAACUGACGCGGCAGUGGUGUGUAGAGAACUGGGCUGUGGGAAUGUCACAGAGGCAAAGGGCUCUGCUUAUUUUGGACAAGGUUCUGGACAAAUAUGGUUGGAUGAUGUUCAGUGCCGUGGGAAUGAAUCUACACUGAAAAACUGUUCAUCAAGUGGAUGGGGAACCCAUGACUGUGGGCACCAAGAAGAUGCUGGAGUCAUCUGCCAAGCUUUAAAUGAUCCCUGUUUUGAGCUCAACUGCACGGAGGAUGAAUGGUGUGGAGAGAAAAAUGAUGUUUAUGGCUGUUUCUGUAACAAGAGUCAUCACAGACCAGACCCAGAAUCUUUUGAUUUCUCUGAGGUUUGUGAAAGCAGCUCUGGUUCCAUUUCCCUGUCUCGCUGUCAGCUCUUUGAGGCUGGUUUUCCUGCUGACAUCUUACACCUCAAUGACCCCAACUGCAAAGGAACAGUCUGGAAUGGCAGAGUGGAGUUCUAUUUUGACAACAAUGACCACAUCUGUGGUACAAGUAUUUUGGCCAAUGGCACCCACUUCAUUUAUGAGAACUUUAUUUUUGGAACGUCUGACUUGACUGAAGGUCCCAUCAGCAGGAAGAGAAUUCUGAAGCUGAAUUUCAGUUGUGUAUACCCCCAAACCCAAUCACUUUCUAUGAAUAUGGAAAUCAAUCCACUAGAGAGCAUUGUCCACAAGAAGCUUCCUGCUGGUCAAGGGAGAUAUCAGGUCAGGAUGGUUCCAUAUCAGGAUGCUGAGUUCUCCAAGCCCUUCAAUGGGAGUGUGAAUGUGGAGCUGAACCAGCAGAUGUUUCUGGAAGUUCAUGUAGACGGGAUUGACAGUCGUCAGUUUGCCACAGUGAUUGACUCAUGUUGGGCUACACCUGAGAACGAUCCUAAUCACUCUGUCCGCUGGGACCUCAUCAGCGGAGAGUGUCCCAGUCCAAAUGAUGAGACAGUGGAGCUGCUGCAGAAUGGAGUCUCCACAUCUAGCCGUUUCUCCUUCAGGAUGUUUUUCUUCACUGAAAACUCCACUAAGGUUUACGUGCACUGUACUGUUCACAUUUGCCUUCUGGCAGGAAACCACUGCUCAACUCACUGUGACUCUGGAUCCCACUUGAGAGAGGGCAGGUCUGCAGAAUUCCAUGACAGUGCUUCCAUUUCCAUGGGUCCCCUGAUGAUGUCUGAAAGGAACCAAGGUAUUUGAGCCCCAGAGCAGCAGAACAUAUCCACUGCUUAAAUGUCUGCGUGGUUCUUUGAUAUUAUUUGUUUCUCUGCUAAGUGUUUUCAUCUUUUUUUUUUUUGUAUAAUAUUUCACUGAUUGAAAUAUUUCUGCCAAGAAUACUCAUUGUUUUAUACACAUCUCAUCUCUUUCUAAAUGAAUGUCUUACUGAUGCCACACUCCUACAAGCUGUGUUUCUCAUUGCAAAAUACACUCUUGAGAUCAUCUAAAUUUUUUUGUCCUGUUUUUUUUUUAUAUAUAUUUUUUUUAUGAUGGAUUGACAUGUUGUUUCCAAAACCAGCAUGUAGAUUGUUCAUUACUAAGCAGAACUUAAGUGCACUGUUAUGGGAUAUAUACCAAAGGUACUGAAUAAAUCUAUCCAGUGGUUACAUUUUCUUUGGUCAUUAUAGUGUGGGGUAGAAUCAUUAGGAAGAACAGAAAUAAUAUCAUUCUUUGUAGUUAUGGCUUUUGUUUGUGCUGCAGUAUAAAUAAACAGAAUCCACUGGCUCUGAGUUUAUGGUUUAUGCUUUUGUCCCCAUGCUCCGGAUUAAUGUU